AUGAUCUUUGCUUCUAAGACUGCCCAGGAUCAAUACUACACCGCCGAUGGCGGUGAAGACAUUAAACGCGACAUCGCAGCUGGGGGAGAACCUUAUAUUCCUCACGUGGAAACGCUCGUCAAUAAGGGAAAACCCAUCUCCGUGUACGAGUAUUGGCAGCUCAACAAGCAAAAGCUCGCUGCACAGAAGCGCUACCUCGACCUGUGGAACUCGACCAAAUCCACGACUUCGGGGAAGCCAAUAGACAUCUUGUUAUGCCCAGUCAUGCCUCAUUCGGCGGUGCCUCAUCGGAAAUGUCGCUGGGUGGGCUAUACAAAGGUGUUCAACUUUGUAGAUUACCCUUCGGUAGUAUUGCCAGCUGGCGAGGUGUCGAUAAAGCUUGAUGGUGCAGCCGCCGCAGACAUGGCUGCUUACGAGCCCAGGAACGCUCUCGAUGAGUGGAAUUGGAACUUGUUUGACCUGGAUAGUAUGAAUGGCAUGCCCAUUGGCGUUCAGAUAGUGGCGCGGAGGCUACAAGAGGAGAAAGCACUUGGAGCAGCAAAAGCGGUUGAUAAUAUCUUGAAGGGCGCUAAUAUACCAUAG